AUUGAGAUGACUGGGGUCUUGGCCGUGCACACACUUUGAGAGAGUAUGCGUCACAAAUGACGGCAAAUCAGGCAGACGGGGUUAUUAACACUACACAAACAUUGUGAAACGCACUCCUGUGCAGGGAGAAUGGAAGGCCAUUUCCGUACAGUGGGCUCUCUUUGAAAUUCCACCCUCCGCCUUUGUUGUGCUCAGUGAGGGGCGGGAAGACAAACAGGUCCACAUGUAUAAAGAGAUCAUCCCUAAGACCGGAGACAGGAGAUCUCCAAACCAUCCUGUGCCGCAAGUCAGGACUCACAGAUCCGGGAUUCGACGGCGAUUUGGACUUUGUCACUACGUCAUUUUCUUCCAGAAAGAAGACGUUUCUCCGUUCUCUGUAGCAGCACUGAGCGAACAUGCCGUUGCCUCCAGCGCAUCGCUUUCUGGCUGUGUACCUCACCCUCUUUGGAUACUUUGGAGACGUUAGCGCGGGGACCGUGCAGAUGAACUCCAACGCCAUUAAGAAUUUGCCCGGAGCUCCGGCGGGCAAAGGCGUCAUCCCUGUCAGCCCCACUCCUCGGACAUCACCCUCCGGCAGCGUGGGACACAAAGCUCCCGCAGACACUCCGCAGCAGUCGGCUGUCUGCACUGAUGAUGAAGACUGCGGAGGUGAUGAAUUCUGCAAUGACGCCCGAGGCGCCUGUCUGCCCUGUCGUAAGAGCCGGAAGCGUUGCUCACGGGAUUCCAUGUGUUGUGCAGGAAACCGCUGCAGCAAUGGUGUUUGUCAGGCCAAUGAUGUGGAUGGAGCAGAUGCAGCUGUCAUCACCGACGUGCAAAAACAAAACAACACUGUGGAGCAUCAGGCAAAGAGGCCUCCGUCCACCCAUAAUCACCAGCCUCAUGCCGUGAAAGGCCAGGAAGGGGACACUUGUCUCAGAUCAACCGACUGCUCAGAGAGUCUGUGCUGCGCCAGACACUUCUGGUCUCGCAUCUGUAAGCCCGUGCUGACAGAGGGCCAGGUGUGCACACGCCAUCGCAGGAAAGGCAACCACGGCCUGGAGCUGUUCCAGCGCUGCGACUGCGGCGAGGGCCUCGUCUGCCGCCAGGAGAAAGGAGAGCGAGACCACAGUGUCAGCAGGACUGCAGCCCGGAACCUACACACCUGUCAGAGACGCUGACACAAAAAAUGGACAAACAGAUACACACAUUCCUGCCAAAGUUGCUAACUCAGAUCCAGCACCCGGAAGGAUAGGCAUAAAUCCUGGAGAGGUGAUACACCCAGAGGGAUGCUACAGCGCAGGUCGGACUGAUCCGGUUUCGCCAUCGACAGCGGAGGAGUCGGAAGUUAGGAUGUAACAUUUCAAAGCCUUCGGGACAUUGAUUCGUGUCAGUGGUAACGGCAGAGCUGUAUUGUUUCUCUUUUUAUGGAACUUCGAGCCUCGGUUAUUGCAGUAAAUUACUGUAUUGUAAAUAUAAUCCUAGAGGUGGCACUUAAUUGAGCUAUUGGAUUCUGUCGACACCAGUAUUAUAAAGACAUCGUGCUGCAUGCAUUGUAAAUGUGUUAUAUAUAUUGUUUUAUAAGAAACUGCUAUAAAUAGAUUUUUUUUUUUGGAUUAUAUUUGUUUUAUUAAACAUAAUGUGAAAAACAUA